CAAACCCUCCACGCCGCCGACCUCCCCCACUUUCUUCCCCUAUCUUUCUUCUUCGUUACUCUCUCCUCAUUCUCCUCUCUCUGUUUUCUCUUUCUUCUUCCUUUUCUAAGUUGCCGCGCCGCCUUUCUUUUCGAUAUCCGCCGGGCGCUAGAAUAUCCGACUUACUUGUCCAUAAUUUUUCAGUGGCGAAAUAAAUAAAUAAAACGAAAAUUGAUUUGUGGUAGUACAGUACGACCUAGCAGUAGAGUAGGGUUUGUAAGUUGGGUUUUGAAUAGAGAAUCGCUCUUCCGACGGAAUUCAGGCAUUGCGGCGACGAUCGCUCUUUGUUUAAGCUGUAAACAACAAUUUUCGCUCAUUCUUCUGCUGUGGUGCACAUCCCCGUCGUUCAAAGUACCAAAGAAGAUAUAUACCGCCGAGGCAUCAAGUAACUUGGCAAUGAAGAUUUUGGAACGUAGUGCUGGUUCUCUUACUAAUUUUGAAGUGCUCGAUCUUUUGAGAUCGAGAGGGGCUGGGAAAGAUCCCUCACGUGUUCUUGCUUCAGUGUCGGCGUCUGAGUUUAAGGUUUUCGAUUAUUUGGAGCAAACUGCUGCUUGCAAUCAGACAAGGGAUAUAAUCAACAAGUAUGUUCAAGAGUGUAAAAAAUUUGAUCUUGCAAAGGCUGAAAUUCUUAAUGCUGUCAACCUAAGGCCGUCAUCUCAACUCGAGGCGUUCAUGAUCAUAGAAUGUUGCGAUUCUCGGUUAAGUGAAGAUCAGAUAGAUGAUUUUGUAGAGACCACCACACAGAUUUUGCCUCAACAUACAUCACAACCUGAGUCGAGUGAUGGUAAAGAAGAAUCUGCCGAGGCUCAGCAACAAGACGAAACCACAGACACUUAGCUACAUUUAGACAGAGUUUUGGAAGUUAUUUUGGUUCAACCGGUAAUGUUUGCUCAUGUCGUUUCAUAUCUUAUAUUCUUUCGACCCACUUUCAAUAUAUUCGUUUACUUUUUACAUGUAUAUUUUAAAAUAUUACUAGUAUUUUAUAGAUAAUAAAAUAACAGACUUUUUU